GUGAAUCAUGUUGGGUUAAACAAUAGACAAUUAAUGUACGAUAAUUUAGAUUUUAGUUCGGUGUUGGUGUUUAUUAUCGUACUUUGGCAGCGUGUGUAUAGACUCCCGCACGUGUCAUCUUCUUCAACACGUCAGUACUCAGUACCUCACCUGAACCAAUCACAGCAUUGGUAUUCUGGCUACAGCGACCAAUCAUCCUUAUACUAUAAAAAAAUCGACCAAUAGGGAGUUAGGUGACGACUGUGUGUGGUGCUUAUAGGUAAUAAAAUAGCGGAGCAGAGCGGUAAAGGAGGCACUAGACUGGAGGAGCUGCUGCCGUUAACACCGUCGUCAAGGACCGCUGCUCCGCGGUGUGGACGUGGAGGACAUAAAUGAUGUCGGGUGUGGCCUCACUGCUGUUGUACCUGAUUGUCACUGUCUGCCUGACUGUCGCCCAGCUGCCUCGCCCUGAUGGUGCGGGAGAGACGCUGAGCGUGGCGGGGGCGGCUGUGGCGGCUGUGGCGGCCACAGUGUGGCGGCCUCGCUGCUCCGUCAUCCUCCUCACAGACGGCACCACCUCCUCCACCACUGUGUUCACGGAGCUGGGAGGGCUGGGAGCCCCCUGGGGGGUGACGGUGUUCCAGGUGGCAGCAGAAGGCAAAAGUCCAAACAUGACGGAGGCGCUGCUGUCCCGGCUGGUGGCCCAGGCUCGACGGGUGAGACAGGUGUCGUGGUGCGUGACGGUGGUGGUGGUGAGCGACGACUCAGCCUUCCUCGCCGCCUCGGCUGAGUGGAUCUUCAAGGGCCGCCUCCUGGUGUGGACCAACAGGCUCCUGGCCGUCACCCGCCGGCCUCUCUCUCACCUCCGCCACCUCCACACCUCCUUCUCCAUGAUGAACGCCAUGUUGCUCCUCCUGGACGACACCUCCGGUUACCCCAGGUGUAGUGUGUACCUGUUCCUGCCCUACAGCCCACCAGGAGCCAGCGGGGUGAAGGUGGCAACUUGGACACAUGAACGAGGCCUCCAGCUGACCUCACCCCUCCAGCUCUUCCCUGAUAAGUUUACCAGGUUCGUCCAUCGGCCGCAGUUGGUGGUGGCGGCGGAGGAGUUUCAGCCUCACGUGUUGGUCAAGGCGACUGAGGCGCCUGGACGGUCGCUCUCCUUCGCGGGACCCAUGGCCGAGCUCCUCCACCUCCUGGCCAACACACUCAACUUUACGUACAUCUUCAGACGACCUCCUGAUGGAUCCUGGGGAGCUAAGCAGCCUGAUGGGACCUGGACGGGUAUGGUGGGCAUGGUGGGUAGGCAGGAGGCUGAUCUCGGUCUCGGGCCCUUCGGUAUCAGCGCUACACGAGCCGAGAUGGUUGACUUCACUCGACCAAUACUCAUAGACUACGCUAGGAUCAUGGCAGGUCGAGGGCGUCCAGAGAUAGAUCCAUGGGGCUUCUUCUUACCCUUGGCGCCCUUAGUGUGGGUGUCGAUCCUGAUGGCGCUGCUGGUGGUGUUCUUCGCCAAUCUCCUCCUGUAUAUCUGUUCCCCACCUCAUGACGCACGCAAUGGACUGUGGCUAUUGAAUACGAUAUACGAUUAUUUGUGUGUGUUGUUACAUCAGGACGUCCAACAGCCUCUUGUCUGGUGGUGGGAGAGACUGGUGCUGGGUGGCUGGCUCCUGAUGACUCUGGUGUUAACACAGAGCUACUCAGGUACUCUCAUGUCCCUCCUGGCGGUGAGAUACAUCCCUCAGCCCCUCCAGACUCUGAGAGACCUCCUGAACGAACACUCCAUCACCAUGAUCUGGGAGGCUAACACAGCUUAUGUCCAGUACUUGAAAUCAGCUGAGUCGGGCAUCUUCCGGGAGGUGAUGGACACGGAGAAGGCAGGUCGCAUCAUGUACGUGAAGAGCACCGAGUAUACUUACAUGCGGGACGAGUUGGUGAGGCUGGGCACACACGUCUUCCUGGGUGAAGACCUCAGUGGCAAGGUCCUCAUGGCUCAAGACUUCUCCAAUACAGGUCGGUGUGACUUCUACGCAUCUAAGGAGAUCUUUUUACCCUUCAUGUUCUGUAUGAUUGGCCAGAAGAACAGUCCCUUACUCCUCUCUUUAAAUGAAAGGAUCAGGUCGGUGACGGGGGCUGGUCUGUAUGGUCACUGGAUGUCCUCUACCAUACCUAACUCCACCUCCUGUGUCAACGCUCCCACCACCAUCACCAUCAACACCUCCCUCUCACUCACCAACCUCUGGGGAAUGUUUGUACUGCUGGCUGGGGGUCAUCUUCUGGCCCUGGUAGUGCUGGGCCUCGAGCUGCUCUCCGUCAGGAACUUCUACAAUAGAGAUCCUGUGAAGCUUUUUAUCUAAAGUGAGGUUCUUCAUUAUACGACAUGUUGUGAUGAAUAACCAACUCACAACCUCUCCUGAAGAUAAACUCACUUUACAUUACUUCCUCGUGACUUUGAACCAAUAAAUAUCUUCCUAAGCAA